AUGAAAAAUAAGCUUCCUACUUAUUGGAUUAUGGCUAAACAGUGGAUUUGUGGAUUGAAAAAGAAUAGGAUUGAUAAUUUUGUCUUGUUUGUCUUUGUUGAUUUGGAUGAGCUUGAUGGUUCCAUCAUGAAGAAUUUGAAAAAGAGGAUUUAUUCAAGUUUGACUGAUAUUCCUGUAGAGAUGAUUAAAGAAGAGGAAGAGAUGAGAAUUAUUCCAUUCACGCCAAAGGAAAUUCCACAAUUGGUUAUUGAUUUUAUGGAGGAGACUCGAUUGGAUCAAUUGGAUAAGGAUGUCGAAAAGUUUUACAAGAAUUUUAUGGAACAAUUCAAGGAAAAGGGAGAGAAUGUUAUUCAGAGGGAAUUAUUUACCAAACAUUGGGAAUUUGUUACAUUGCUGAAACCUAUUAUGGUAUGGAAAUGUGUAAAGAAAGGAUUUAAUGUACUAUUCAGCGAUUUGGAUGUAGUUCUCUUCCAGAAUCCAACAGAUUUCAUGAGGACCUAUCCAGAUACAUCUAAAUUCGACAUUAUUUUCCAAAUUGAAACUUGUGGAACCUACGAAUCACUCCAUAGGGAUGAUAUUAAGAUUAAUACUGGUGUCUAUUAUGUUAAAUCAGAACCAAAGUCCAUUCAAUUUUUAGAAACUUGGAUGAAACCAAUACUGAUUGAUAUUUUGACCAUGUUCAUUCCAGUUGACGUUUCUUUAUUGGAUGGUCCUAAUCCAAAUGGAAGAACCGAACCAACCAAUGAUCAAGCUAUUCUUAACGCUCUCGUUACUAAAUUAAAGAAGAAUGGUAACAUGGAUUUUGUAAACUCAAUUGGAUAUCUUCCAGUACAAAAGUUCCCUAAUAAGUGUCAAUACACAGCUAUUGUGGGACCAGAAAUUGAUGAAACAGGAAAGAAUGAAAUGGUUCUCUUCCAUAUUAAUGGUGUAUGGAUGUCCAGACAAAAAUUGAACUAUUUAAAACAGAGAGAACACUUUUAUUUGGAUCCAAACAACAAGUGCAACAUUUAA